AUGAUGUAUUUGGGAUAUGGUGUAGGAUACGGUGUCACUUUUCAGUGUCAAAAUAGCAGCUCUCUUACGUUAUUGCCGAAUUUCUGUUCUCUAUACAUUGACUACAAUUCCAAUGGACAAUUUGGAGUCAAACAAAGAUGAUGAACUGACGCUUAAUACUACACAAGAUGUUCAUAUACCUGUUUCAAUUGAGACAAAUCAAGAGGUUCCAAGUUGUGAUGAAGAAAUCAAGCCUAAGGUAGGACAAAUUUUUGAUUCACUCGAAGAUGGUGAAAUGUUUUACAAAAAUUAUGCACAUAGUGUUGGUUUUAGUGUGCGUUGUUCAUCAGAAAAUAAAAAUAAAGAUGGUGUCAAACGUUUCGUCUGCUCAAAAGAGGGUUACAAACCAAAUGUAUCAAAAGAGAAAGAAGUGAGUGAAUUGGGAGUUAAAGUCAAGAGGAGGAGUCUUACAAGAGAAGGAUGUGAUGUGAAAGAUGCUUUCAAGCUGUUAGAGGGAGGUAAGUAUGAGCUAACUCGAUUUCAAGAGAGUCAUACACAUGCACUUGCCUCACCUAAAAAGAGACAAUUUCUUAGAUCGGCAAGCAUGUGGUCAAUAUGCAUAUCAUGACACUCGUAACUGUCCUGCAAAAUUAUCUCCUUAAUCUUGGGAUUGAAAGAUAAACUUGGUUAAUGAAAAGCUGAGAUUGCAAAUCUGUUUUUGGGUUUGGAAGGAUUGUUUUGUUUUGUUGCUAUCCACAAG